AUGUGCAUGAAACCCAUCAGAAACGCUCCGCUGACGUACUACUAUCCGACGAUGGGCCCGACGCUGCCACCACCGCCGCUGGUCUACUGGGGCUACCCAACGCCCCCGGUGUCGCCAGCUCAUUAUUACCAUCCUCCGCAUCACCCUCAGACUAUGAUACCCGAAGUAGUGUCGGUGGGGGGUGGAUCCCCAAUCCCUAUUCCACCACCAGCCGCCUGCCCGGAGUGGCCUAUAUUUAUGGUCAACUAA